AUGAAGGCUGCCGUGGUUCUCCUAUUCUGCGUGGGCGUGGGCGUGGGCGUGUUUGCCCGUCCGCAGGAGGUCGUUGAAGACGUCCCCGAGGAAGAAACUCCUGUAGAAGUAGUAGAAGAAGAAGCACCUACUGCCGCCUACGUCCCCAUCCUGGUGGACAUCAGAGAACCUAUUUCGAACGGCGCCUACUCCUUCAGGAUCGAGCAGGGUGAUGGGAUCUCGCGGUCGGAAAGUGCGGCUGCGACUGGGCCCCUGGGGGAGAUGGAGACCGUGGGAGAAUACACCUUCACCCACCCCGACGGCACCCUCCACCACCUGAGAUACACAGCUGGUGUUGGGGGUUUCCUGCCCGAGUCUGAUAUGCUUCCGACGCCUCAUCCCCUCGAGCCGUGGCACCUCGAACAGAUCGCGUUCGCAGAAGAGCAGAAGCGACUGCAGGCGGAAUCCGAAUCCGCGAACGGAGAAGAGAACGGAGAGGAGGCGAACGGAGAAGAGAACGGAGAGGAGGCGUGAUGAGAGCGGUCACCACGAAACGAUUUAGUUUAUAGUUAUUAUUGUGUUGUUUUUCUUGUUCAGUAUUUCCUCCCUUUUGUUAAUAAUGUUUCAUGUUUUGUUUAAUUAAGCGUAAUAAAGUCAUGACUUAAAAAAA